AUGGACGAAGAGGAGGACACGACAAACAAGAUGCCGUCUCAAGAUCUAGAUUUAUUCUUAAAUGAGUACGUGGAACAAUUAUUCAGUCAAGAGCUCGACGUAAACGCGAUCGGGUUACGAACCGAAGUGGAAGAUGACGCUGUCGGCUCGUUCUUACGCGGUGGUGGUGGUGGUGGUGAUGGUACGAAUGUUACUAAUACUACUAAUACUACGAAUGCGACGACCGCCACCACCACUGAUGGAAGGAAACGAGAACGGAGUAACAACUCGACGAAUGGAGACGAAAAUAAUAACGAAGAAGUGCAAAAUGCAACAAAAAAGAAAGAAACGACGGUGUUGAAACAAAACGCGCACGCUCAACGACGAUACCGAGAACGAAUAAAACAGAAAUCAGAAGAGAUGGAAAAUCAAGUGAAGGCUUUACAGGAGAAAGUACGAAUGUUGGAAGCGGAGAAGGCGACGCAAGUGCCAAUCAACCAACAGUUGUUGGAGCAUAAAAACAACCUGUACGAGUCACAGUUGAUGAUGUUUAAAAGAGCUAGGAGAGCGGACAUUGAAAGUUCGACGAUGUCAUCUGCAAUGACGAUGAACACGGCGCUGAAUGGGGCGAUGUCAAGUAAAAAUAAUCGCUAUGAAGCUACAAUGGGAGAGAUGGUGAUGUUGAACGGUAUGCCGGAAGUUCCAAAACAGUUUACGCUUCCAGAAGGCAUCGAUUCUUUGGAAGAGUUCAAGAAACAAUUUCCUGAGUUGAAGCAUUCUAUCAAUGGCGUCGGCGAUGUCACUGCGAAAACUGAAGACGGGGGAUUAGAAGAAGAAGAAGUGAUUGUUGAUAACACUUUGGAAAGCUUGCAUUACAAGUGGAUGAACCAAAUUUCCGUUUUGUCGCUCACGAAUAUUGAAGAGAAAACAAAUAAGAAAGGCGGCAACGCUGACGAUACCGCCGCUAAAAGUGAGGGAAAUGAUGAAGAACGCCCCCUCUCCGUGAAAGAAGCGAGCGUGGAUUUGAUUAAUAAAAUGGUCGAUGAAACGUGCACUCUGUGCAUGCACAUUGGGAACGCUAUCGGUAGAGAUAACGCCAAAAUAAGCUUCGAUUAUUACGAUAACAUGGGUUUUAGAAAAGAUUUUGACGUGCUUGGAAAGGAUGAAGAUUCAAAAAUGAAGUUUUAUUCGAACGUUGUCGCAAAUUUAGGUUUGAGCGAGCAACAGAAGCAGGCGCUGAUCGCCGUGCACGAUAUCUCGAAGGCACAGUUCAGAAGACUGUUCGAAGCGAGGGCUCGAAUCAACGAUGGAAUGAAGGAAUUGUGCGCCAAAGGUAAGGAAAAUACGAAGGACGGAGCUAAAGGGUUGAUUCGUUGGCUCGCUGGAAAGCACUGGCGAUGGACAUUUCAAUGGACGUUGUGCAUAAAAUUCUCGAGCCGAAGCAAGCUGCGAGAUACUUGA